AGUCGAGCUUAUAGUAGCUGUUCUGACACCAGAUAGUUAAAUAAAAAAAUUGUAAACAUGACUUGUUCCAAUUAAAAGUUCACUAAAGGGCAGCCCUGCACUAAGCUCCCGCUAUGCGCAGGGUCCAAGGGAAGGGGCGGACCACAAGGGUCUAUAGUAUGUAUUCUUACCCUGCAUUUCUGCAAGAGAUUGUUUUCACGGCUUGAACACGUGAUCUCCUGGCCAUAUGGCAACAACUUUACCAGUUACGCCAAGACUCCCCUUCCCAAUUAAAAGUUCACGAUAAAUAUAAAAAUAAAAUCUCCAAAAUCAAUUUGGGAAAACGUGUGGUAAGUGCAAAGAAAAAGCGCGUAACUACGUACAACACAAACUCCCUCCCAAAUUUAGUAGUAAGACAUUAUCACUCUCACUUACCCAACGUAACAUGCAACCAAAUGUUAAGAAUUCAUCUCCAUUUCUUUCUCACCUUAGCAAACUAAAAACAGAAAACUUCACAAAGCGAAACCAAAGAAAGAUGAGAACACCAACAUCAUCAAAAACAAAAGUAACACCAUGUUGUAGCAAAGUAGGGUUAAAGAGAGGGCCAUGGACACCACAAGAAGACGAGAUAUUAACAAAUUAUAUAAAUAAAGAAGGCGAAGGACGGUGGCGUACACUGCCAAAAAAGGCGGGGCUCCUCCGUUGUGGGAAGAGCUGCCGCCUCCGGUGGAUGAAUUACCUCCGUCCUUCUGUCAAACGCGGCCAUAUUUCGCCUGAUGAAGAAGAUCUCAUCCUUCGCCUCCAUCGCCUCCUUGGCAACAGGUGGUCCUUGAUAGCUGGGAGAAUUCCAGGAAGAACAGAUAAUGAGAUAAAGAAUUAUUGGAACACUCACCUUAGCAAGAAGUUAAUCAGCCAAGGAAUAGAUCCAAGAACUCAUAAGCCAUUAAUAAACCAUAAUUGCUCAAGUGAUGAUCAAAUUACCAACAAAGCUUCUUCUUCUUCACCUUCUUCAUCUUCAAAAUUAGCAAAUGAUUUCAACACAAUUCCAAACCCUAUUUACAUUCCUUUCCAAAUGGAAGAACCAUUAAGAAGCAUCAAUAUUAAUCAUCCUGGAGAAAUUACGAGUCUUGAUGAUUAUCAAUAUCAAAGUAACGCGAUACUUGUCAAUUAUGAUGAUGAUCUGAAUAUUGUGGUUGAAGAAGAUGAUGAAAUGAAUUGUUGCACGGACGAUGUCUUCUCCUCGUUCUUGAAUUCUUUGAUCAAUGAAGACAUGUUCAAUAGCCAAAACCAACAAAUUACCAAUGGCAUGUUUCCAGAUUUUGAUCCUUUGAUUAAUCCUACACAGGAUAAUCAAAAUAAUCACCAAGAGAGUGGAUGAAUGGAGAUGUUUAUGUGCCUUCUCUAAUUACCUUCACAUGGUUAUAUAAGAAAUAGAAGAAGAAUUUGGAUUCUUAUUGAUUGUAAGCAAACCAUUCUUUCUCUUGAUGAUGUUCUAGCUUGUUUUUAUUGUUUUGAUAUGUAACUUAUAAAUAUGAAUUUUAACCAUUAUCUUGUAAUGGAAUAUGUAUGUGAGGUUUGUACAUAUCGUAAUGCCAUAAGUAUAUGUUUGAGUUUAUUUAUUUUUCUAAAGU